UGCAACGAGGUUGACAAUCAUGAUGACUGGAAGAAAGGACAUGAUAAUGCACCCUGUGCAUCUUGUCACGUGGUUUGGGCUCCUGGUACUCUGUCCUCAGCUGAUCUCCGCAUCCUGCUUUACGUGUGGAAGCAACGCAACCGUCCUGAACUACUGGCCGUCCAAGUACUUCAAUGCACGGUUUGAAAUUCCUAUCACCAGCAACGUGUCGGGAGGCUGGAAUGUUGCUCUAAAAUUCUCCAAACCAGUCAUAGAUGUUAAGAUUUGGAAUGCAGAUGUUGAAAGCACAAACAAUGAGUCGACAUUGUACAUCCUGAAGAACAAACACUGGAACGCAGACCUCUUACCAGGAGACAUUCUGGAGAUGGGUUUCAACGCCAUGUUCUUGGAGCCAGCACCCAUCGAGUUCACUGUCCGUCUGAUCGGUCAAGAAGACUGCGGAACCUGCGCUGACUACCCCACCAAAGAGCCAGACUACCCCACCCAAGACCCCACCCAAGAACCAGACUUGCCCACCCAAGACCCAACCCAACAACCUAACUUCCCCACCCAAGACCCCACCCAACAACCUAACUUCCCCACCCAAGACCCCACCCAACAACCUAACUUCCCCACCCAAGACCCCACCCAACAACCUAACUUCCCCACCCAAGACCCCACCCAACAACCAGACUUCCCCACCCAAAACCCAACCCAACAACCUGAAUUCCCCACCCAAGACCCCACCCAACAACCAGACUUCCCAUCCAAAGACCCCACCCAACAACCAGACAACCCCACACAAGCACCAACAGACAGACCCAUGGCAUCCUGUUUUACAUGCGGAAGCAACGCAACCGUCCUGAACUACUGGCCAAAUUACUUCAAUGCAUGGUUUUCGAUUCCUAUCACCAGCAACAUGUCGGGAGGCUGGAAUGUUGCUCUCAAAUUCUCCAAAUCAGUCAUCGAUGUCGAGAUUUGGAAUGCAGAUGUUGAAAGCACAAACAAUGAGUCAACAUUGUACAUCCUGAAGAACAAACACUGGAACGCAGACCUCUUACCAGGAGACAUUCUGGAGAUGGGUUUCAACGCCAUGUUCUUGGAGCCAGCACCCAUCGAGUUCACUGUCCUUCUGAUCGGUCAAGAAGACUGCGGAACCUGCGCUGACUACCCCACCAAAGAGCCAGACUACCCCACCCAAGAACCAUACUACCCCACCCAACAGCCAGACUACCCCACCCAAGACCCCACCCAAGAACCAGACGACCCCACCCAAGACCCCACCCAAGAGCCAGACUACCCUACACAAGCACCACCAGGUAACUGGACUACAUCCGACUUUGCUGACCUUACUACAUCGACAGAGCUGCCCUUUUUCGACUGCCCGUUAACCAAGGUCAAGUACGUCUGGCAGGGAGGAUACCGCGGGAAAUUCUGGAUCCCGAUCCAAACUGAAGUUGUUGGUGGAUGGUUGGUCCGUCUUGACUUCUCGCAGGAGAUCUUACACCUUGAGCCAUUUAGGGCCGACAUUGACAGUGAGAGCAUUGACCACAGGACGUUCUUCUUGAGGAACAAGGACUACAACGCCGACCAGGCAGCGGGUACCGUAAUGAUCGGUCAGUUCCAGGCUUCCGUAGAGACCACGUCCCUGCCGUCUUUCACUGCUGUUAUGAUGGGUCAACCCAGUUGUUCCCCUUCCUCUCCCACCACGCCUACUUAUUUUCCUUAAGAAAGAUGUCAUAAUAGCUUCCUAUCACUGUCAUCCUGGUAAUCAUUUUAAUUCUUAUUAUCAUAUUAAGCAUCCUCAAACAAAGGUUGAUCUCGUGAAUAAAGCAAUGCAAAUGUUA